AUGGCUACGGCCGCGUCGCCAGCGCCGCCCUCGCAUCCCACCCGCUCGUCGACAAGGUGGCGUUCACAGGCUCCACCAGCACCGCACGCGAGAUCACGAAGAUGGCAGCCGGCAGCCGGCAGCCUGAAAAACAUCACGCUCGAGACGGGCGGCAAGUCUCCGCUCCUGGUCUUCCCGGAUGCAGAUAUGGACCAGGCCGUCAAGUGGUCGCAUUUCGGAAUCAUGUCGAAUCAGGGCCAGAUCUGCACUGCAACGUCGCGGAUUUUCGUGCACCGAGAGAUCCUACCUACGUUCUUGGCGCGGUUACUCGCGCCCAGUACGAGCGUAUCUUGUCUUACAUGGAGAUCGCCAAGAGCGAGGGCGCCCACCAUCCUGACCGGUGGUGCUGCGCAUGUCUCCACUAAUCCCGAUCACAAAAAUGGGUACUUCGUGAAGCCCACCGUCAUCAUCGAUGCAACUGAUGCGAUGCGUAUCACACAGGAAGAGGCUUUCGGGCCCGUGGUGGUCAUCUUGCCGUUUGAUAGAGAAGCGGAAGCUAUUCGACGCGCGAAUGAUACGACCUAUGGCCUGGGAGCAGCGGUGUUCACGACCGAUUUGGAGCGUGCGCACCCCGUGGCGGCGGAGAUCGAGUCUGGUAUGGUGUGGGUGAACAGUAGCCAAGACUGUGAUCCGCGCGUACCAUUCGGCGGUGUCAAGCAGAGCGGCAUUGGUCGCGAGCUUGGCGAUGCUGGCUUGGACGCCUAUAGCCAGAUCAAGGCUGUCCACGUCAACAUGGGUAAUAGACUGUAG